AUGAGCAAGGAUCAGGGCCCAGGACCUCGUAAGCGGUCCGCUCUCAUUCUGUAUGGCUCGGAAACCGGCAAUGCCCAAGAGGUGGCCGAAGAGCUAGGAUCUCUGGCUGAGCGCCUACAUUUCAUGACUCAGGUUUUGGAGAUGAACCAUGUCAAACCAGAGACAUUGAGCUCGUAUACUAUUGUUGUCUUUGCGAUCUCGACGACGGGGCAAGGUGAUCUACCUGCUAAUGCACGGACGUUUUGGAGAUCUUUGCUUUUAAAGAGGCUUCCGCCGACGUUUUUGCAGGGCGUUAGUUUUACGUCGUUUGGGCUGGGCGAUAGUUCUUAUCCUAAGUUCAAUUGGGCUUCGCGCAAGCUGUGUAAGAGAUUGGUUCAGUUGGGCGCAAGUGAAGCCUAUCUUAGUGGAGAGGCGGAUCAACAGCAUCCUGAAGGACUGGAAGGAACAUUUAUUCCUUGGAUAACGGAUUUCCGCAAGCACUUGCUGGACACUUGCCCUCUUCCUGAAGGAGAGGAUCCGAUACCGGAUGAUGUUCAAUUACCACCGAAAUGGGUGCUGCAAUUACAGGAUCAAACUCCAGGCUCCAGCGCGGAGCCAGCUGCUCAAGGAACAGGGAUUCAGAGUACUUCAGUCGAGGAUUCAAAGUCCCGACUAGAGCAUGACCACCGCCCAAUCCCAGAUACACUGACUGCGACACUAAUCCAAAAUAAAAGGGUGACACCCCCAAAGCACUGGCAAGAUGUACGACACGUCUCCCUGACGGUCCCCGACUCCGUCACCUAUGUCCCCGGCGACAUGAUCUCCAUUAUGCCAAAGAACUUCACUGAGGACGUCCAAGCCCUGAUUCAGAUGAUGGGCUGGGAAGAACAGGCCGAUCAGUUGAUCUCGCUGAUCCCUGCUAAUAGCCAGCACUCCGUCGAAGACCUACCUUUACCACCCAUCCCUAACCUGGAGUCGUAUCCGAAGCUGACGCUACGCGCACUCAUCACGGACUACUUAGAUAUCCGAGCCAUCCCUCGCCGGAGAUUCUUCUCGGAGAUAUCUCAUUACACCAACGAUGAUAUGCAGAAGGAGCGACUACUUGAAUUUACUAACCCCGAAUUCCUGGACGAGCUCUGGGAUUAUACCUCACGACCGAGACGCAGUAUCUUGGAGGUUUUACACGAGUUCGAUACGGUGAAGAUCCCAUGGCAGCAUGCCACGUCGGUCUUCCCCGUUCUCAGAGGGCGACAAUUCAGCAUUGCUAGCGGAGGCGAACUAAAGCGGACACCCGAAGGCGGGGCCAAGUUCGAACUGUUGAUCGCCAUCGUCAAAUACAAGACCAUAAUCAAGAGAAUCAGAGAGGGUGUCUGCACAAAGUAUAUCUCGGCACUCCAACCGGGGAGUACCCUAAAAGUCCACCUGCAGCGCGGAGGCCUGAAUUCGUCGUUAGGUCAAUUGUCCGGACCAACGGUUUUGGUUGGUCCGGGCACCGGAGUCGCGCCGUUGCGGUCUAUGAUUUGGGAGAAAGCUGCCUUUGUCAAGGCGUAUAAGGAGGAGAAUGGUGGGGCUGAGCCGACCAUUGGGCCUACCAUUCUUCUCUUUGGAGGGCGUAACCGCAAUGCCGAUUUCUACUUUGACGAAGAGUGGCAGCAGCUUAGUAAGAUGAUUAGAUUGGAGGUCUUUGCGGCGUUCUCCAGGGACCAGAAACAGAAGGUCUACGUGCAGGACGUUAUCCGGGAUAACUUUGGACUAUUCUUUAGACUCUUGCAUGAGAUGGCUGGGUCGGUGUAUGUGUGCGGCUCGUCAGGACGGAUGCCACAAGCUGUCCGGGAGGCACUGGUUGAGGCAUUCCAGAACGGUGGGGCAACCGACGCAGAGCGAUUCAGCAGAGAAGAGGCAGAAGAAUAUUUGCUUGGCAUGGAGAAGUCUGGGCGGUACAAGCAGGAGACAUGGUAA